ACAAGUCCACAGUCGACGUCCAACGGCAGGGAAGACCGGUUCAAGGUUGGAAAAACUGAGUCAUCACACCACCCGCCGAAAAAAUGUACAACAAAGGCACCAAAUCCACGUUCUCCAGCUCAUCGCAGCAGUACAGUAGCUUCCGAUCAGCAACGGCCACUUCUUCGUCCACCACAUCAAGGACGGUCACUUCCGGUGGAGUUCUGUCUUCCACGGUGAACUCGAGCAGCAAUUCCUCAACUCAACAUCAGAGCGCCUUCCGGCGGAGUUCAGCGACGGCGAUCUGCAACUCACCAACAGCAAUCACUCGAAACGAACGGCCGUACAACUCCGUCCGAGGGCCUCUUGGACAGUCUUACUCUGGAAGUGUCACCGGAGCGGCCAUUGGAGCUUUGGGAGGUUACGGUAGCAACCGGUUGGAGCGAUCUACCUCUAGCAUUAAUCGACCUCUGGCGCUGCCCAGCAGCACUUCUGUGACCACGGGUAGACCCCCGUUGAGUCCACUACCCCAGAAGACCACCUGGGACGCGAAACCAUACCCGGGAAGCUCGUUCAGUUCUGGGAACAGCGGAACAGCAGCAGCUUCUUCUGUCCGGCCUUCAAGCAGCUACUCAAGUCCAUCGACCUCUUCAGGAAUCGUUCGGUCGCCUUUCGGAUCAACCUCCAGUACAGCUAGCAGUUCGGUGGAGCGGUACAACUUGCGGGAUCAGAAGGGCUACGUUUUGAUUUUCCACCACAAGCACUUCAAAAAUGCCAAAGCCAUCAGGGAGGGUAGUGAGAAGGAUUUGCAGCUUUUGAAGCACUUUUUCACAAGGUAUCGCGUGAAGAAACCGGACAUCUGCGAGAAUUACACCGUGUUGCGGAUCAAGGAUAAGAUGAGGAAAAUUGCAGAAAAAGACUUCAGCAAGUACUCCUGCCUGCUCGUGAUUGUCAUGAGCCACGGAGAAACCAAAGACCGAAUCCAAGCGUACGAUAACCUGUACAACUUUGAACAGGAAGUGGUUGAGCGCGUACUGACGAACACCACCCUCAAGGACAAGCCAAAGCUGUUCUUCAUUCAGGCUUGCAAGGGCAGUGCAACGAUGCAGCAUGAUGUGACCUCGGUGGCAACGAACAAAAAUGACAUGCUAAAGUGUUACAGCACUUAUGAAGGAACUGUUUCUCUGAGGGACCCAAGAUUAGGAACCUACUUCAUACAAACACUGUUCACUCUCAUCGACGAGCAGGGUGAUAAGGACGUUGCUGAUCUGAUGAUACUUACACGAAAGCGAUUCAAGGAUGACAAAGUCCCGCAAGCUCCAACCGACACCUCGACGCUGACUAAAAAGUUUUACUUUCGGGACCUUAAAUGAUCGAUUGUUCACAAUAGUAUUCAGUUACUUGUAAUAGUUGUCAUACUCUCUGGGUUAGAUUUUAGUAUAAGGUUAGCGUAUAAUAUAUUAAAAUUGUAUACCAAAAAUAAAACAGA